AUGCAGAGCCCGCUUUCGCUUUAUAGAUAUACGAAGUUUCGAGCGUCGCCACGUGGUGACCCGAUUCUUCAGCAGCUCAACCAUCAGAAGGGUAUCUUUGCUCUUUCCAAGUCGUCAAUUACCUUUAACACAAGAAGAGGCCUUAAUAAUGCAUGCUUGACACAGCUGCUGUUUAGCAGCGGCUCAGAUAAACAGAGCUUUGGCGAUUUGACGUGUAUGACACUGGCAUAUUCUACUUCUACUGAUAUCAUUGCGGGAGGGAAACGCUCGUUGUUGAAAAUUGACGUGAACAAGCCCUCAAUUGUACAGCAUUACGAACAUGGAAAAGAGCUCCUGUUUGUAAAUCACCUGUCGAAGAUGCUUGCGCUUGGUAACACUUCCGGUUCGGUUGACCUUUUCGAUCCAACAUCUAACGAAUUGAUUAAAAGCUUGUCUGGCCACAGUGGCCUUCUUUCCGACCUUGAUGUGAAGGGAAACUAUAUUGCAACUUGUGGGUACUCUGCUCGUCCAAAGCGGUACGGUACAUCCUCCGCAAGCUAUGUCGUUGACCCGUUGGUCAACAUCUACGACUUGAGAAUGAUGCGUGCAGUUUCUCCAAUUCCAUUCCCAGCUGGAGCCAGCUUCGCCAAGUUCUACCCUAAAUUGCCGAACAUCGUCGUUAUUGCAUCUACAUCAGGCCAGAUCCAGUUUGUCGAUAUGUACGACCAGCUGCAAGUGCAUUUAUACCAGGCCGACUUGUCAUCUCCUAACAAUCCAAACAGUGUCGCUGCAGCGACCUCAUCAUACAUGCUCAAUUUAGACGUCAGUGAUAAUGGUGAAUUCCUUGCCUUCAGUGAUGGCCAUAACACCAUGAGUCUAUGGGGUAUCAACACUGGCAAUUCUGGAAAUUUCGUCAACUAUCCUACCUCAUUAGAUCUUCCCGAAGUUGCAUCCCAACCAUCUGCUAAUUCCGUCGGCAUGGACGAGUCCUACCCACUCAAUUCAGUGGGUUUGCCCUACUAUAAGGAAUACCUUGCAUCUUACUUCCCAUCGGAACGAAUCUUUACGAAAGAGCUCCUGAAAACACCAGCAAAAAUUGAUCAAGAACUUCUAGAUUUAAGUGAACGCAAUCCGGGGAAAAUCUUACCUUACGAUACAUCCAAAUAUGGUCCUCGUAAUGUGAUCAAGGACGAUGAGGAAGACCACACGAAAGCUCCGGUGAAGGACAGAAACAAUAAUACCAAGCCAGCUCUUCUUCCAAAGUUUAUCAGUGAAAGGAGUGCAACUGCUUCUCCUAUUCCAAGAGAGGCCGAGAGCUCACCAAAUGCUAGCAGUGUGACUUCCUUCUCUGAAGCUACUCCCUCUAAUGACAUCAACCAACAGCAUUCUCAAGCAACGGCAUUCGAAGAUCAAAAUGAUCCAGAGACUAUCUUUCAACAUAAAGCUCCAUACACCAACCAGGUUCCAUCGUGUUACAGUCGACUUGAAAUUCAAUAUUCUAAGUUUGGUGUCGAUGACUUUGACUUUGAGUACUAUAACCAGACAGGUGGACUCUUCUGUGGUCUUGAAAACCAUCUUGAUAACUCAUACGCAAACUCAUUGAUUCAGAUAUACAGAUUCCUGCCAAUUUUUUACAGCGUUGUUACUGGAGGACUUCUAGAAGAAUGGCUUCCUAACUCGUCUGAAGUUAUCAUUGAUCAAGAGAAUCCUCAGGGCUCAUCGGUGUUGAACGAGCUUGGCUAUUUGUUUGACAUGAUGCAUAAAGCAGGGGGAAGGAACGUCAGCAUCAACAACUUCUCGCUGAUCCUCAGUGGAAGCCCGGUUGCAAAGGCUCAUGGGCUCGUCGUUGAAGAUGAUGGUAAGUCUCUCAAUGCUCGGGAGUUACAGAUGUUGCUCGUUACAUUCAACAAGUUUUUGGUAGAGUCAGUCAUUAAUGAUUAUGCUAAGCAGUUCGGGCUUUUCCUACAAGAUAUGACAUCGAUGCAUUAUGAGCUUAAUAUCUACACCAAUACUGGUGAGCUUAUAGAAAGACAGAAAGGAAGUCAGGCUACUUUAGAUUUGAUGACCCCUCCAGCUAACGCAUUGAAUAGAUUGGGUGGUCAUGGUGCAACUUACACUCCUCCGCAGGCGGCUCAUUCAAAGAGGAAUUACAGUUUGCUUACUUACCUUGAGUAUUCCUUGAACCAAAGCAAAGUCUUGCCUCCUUCGAACCUGAACCCUUAUCCUUUGGAUGUCAAGCAGACACUCACGAAAUUGGGUCCUAUCCUUCUGAUCAACAUACCAUUUACCGCACAGGAAUACGAGCUUCUAAGGCAUUACAAGAAAUGGCUUGUACCAGAGUUUUACACCACUGUGGGCAAUAACCAAAAAGUGAACUUCAAGCUGGUGGUUACACACUUGAAUCAGCCUACAGACAAAUACGAACUUCUCGGCUAUUCUUGUCAGAUUAACCACGAUGCCAGUACGGCUCCCGGUAAGCAUAAUAUGGUAUCAUACAUCAAGAUUAAGUCACCAGCAUCAGGUAAAGAUCAAUGGUUCUUGUUCAACGAUUUCUUGGUGAUGACGGUGCCAGAGGAGGAAGUGUUCAACCUUUCAUACAGUUGGAAGAAGCCGGUCGUCUUGGUAUACCACAAUGUUGAAAGUCCACACAAUCAAAGCUUCUCUUACUACGAGAUUGAAUUUUUCCGUUCUAUUCAGAGAUUGGAUGACUCUAUCCUUUACAAGGAUCAUUUUGCAUGCGGCAUAAGAGAGGGAUACAAGAGAGAAUACGAGCUUCUUACGAAACAAGAGGCUCCUGAAGUUGGUAUGCUUGUUGCGAUAGAUGCUGAAUUUGUCUCGCUUAAGCCAGAGGUUGCCGAGAUCAAAUUAACUAGCAAGAAGAAGAUUGUACGUCCAAAGAUGCUUUCUUUGGCUAGAAUAUCUGCAUUGAGAGGAGACGAAGGCGAGAAGAACGGCAUUCCCUUUAUUGACGAUUACAUCGUCCAUACGAGACCGAUUUUUGAUAACCUUACUGAGUUUUCAGGUAUCGAAGAUGGUGACCUUGAUCCUAAGAAGUCAACGAAGACCUUAGUUACUCUCCAAACAGCAUACAGAAGGCUUUGGCUCUUGCUUAAUUUGGGUUGUACAUUUGUUGGUCACGGCCUCAAAAGUGAUUUCAGAUGUAUUAACUUGCAAGUUCCAAAAACACAGAUUCGUGACACUGCUGAGCUCUACUACUUGGCAGACUUCAAGAGAAAGUUGAGUCUUAAGUUUUUGGCUUACGCAGUGUUACAAGAGUCGGUGCAGACGAGUAACCACGACUCAAUUGAAGAUGCUAAGACGGCGCUUUUGUUGUACCAAAAAUACUUGGAUCUCAAGUCCAAGGACGCUUUUGACAGAACCUUGAGACAUGUUUACAACAAGGGCUAUAAUCUUCGGUUCAAGGUGCCAGACCUGGAGUACUGA